UUAAUUUUUUUUUCAUCUUUUUUUGCUUUAACAGUGAAGACCAGGAGUUAAUAUAAGCUGAAUAAAUGUGUCUAUCUCACAGGAGGGACAGUGGUGGACGUCUUGAAGAGGACACUAACACUUUUCAGGAUGUCAUUCCAUUCAAUUUACCAUAACAUAAAGGACACAACUAACUAAUCACUUCUGAUUGGCUAACUGAUCGCUUCCUUGUAGCUGCCUCUUCAAACACAGAAAUCGCACUCUGUGCAUCAACGCCGUCGACAUUAAUUCCCCAUACCGACCUCCUUCCUUUACCGCUGGAUCCUUUUGAGGUCUUCAGCUUUUUAAACAUUGUGAGGACCAUGGCUCAACCGCUGUAUCACCCCUGUACCUCCAGGAAUAAAAAGCCAACUGAGGGGCAGGAUGGAUUCAUGAGGUUACAGGCAGAAGAGAUCCCUCAAGCGGCGUCUCUUCACCUUGGCUCUCAGACUUGCCUCAACUCCACUGGAGCUUCUUCUGGGCUGUCCACCACUGGAGGACUGUUCCAUUCUUUAGUGAAUCAUUUGGUGACCACAUCUGGUGAGACCAGUUCCACAGUUGACAAGGGAACAGACACAUCAGCUAUAGAAGAUGAGAGUCCACAGGUGGGAAGUAAGGAUAUUAGUUUAACCAGCAUUCAACAUGAGGAGUUGAUCUCCUCAGGCAUAGAUAAAAUGUCAUACCCUAUGGCUUCCAUCUCUGCUUCUGUGGAGCAAACCAUUGGACAGCCAGACACGGACAAUGGUAGUUGUAGCUUGGACUGGUUGUCUGACUACAAGACGUUCACUGCUGAUAAUUCAUCAAAACAUUUUAUAUCAUUUUUCUCUAACUGUGAAAGUAGUGCUAAUUCCUCCAGUAAAAAAGGAAGGGAUAUGACUGGCAUUCCAGGGUUGGGAGAUUCUGAAAAUCCAGUUUCAGACCAACCUGAUACCCCUCCUCAGCCCAAUCAAAACAACUGUAGCCUUACACCAGAUGCCAACAUUCUUUCACAUUUUGGACUUGAUGAAGAAGAUUUGGAACACCUCAUCUCCUAUCCCCAAGAGCUGCUCACCCACACAAACCUGCCAAUCAUCUUGCAUCAAAUCCGCCUUCAGAAGACCAAGCGUGCUGCAUCUGUUCAGUCAAAAGCGGACACUGAAUAUUUUACCAGUAGAGGUACAACCACAUUUGAAGGUUUAAGUAGUUCUACAGGAUCAAGGAUGCAGCAGAAUGGAGUGUCAUCUGCUGUUGACCAGUUGCACACUAGCGGAUUUGGGGAAUUUGAAGCUGCAAGUGGAGGAAGCAAUAUUCUGGUUCCAAAUACUUACUCUGGUAAUAAUCCUAGCAACGAGCUACUACCAGAUGAUACAUCAGCAGUAAAGUCCAGUCAUUUGGAAUCUUACCAAGAUCAGGCAAGUUCUGUUACCAAUAUGAGUUCUGCUUACAGUUCACUAUUGAGUUUUGAGAGCUCCACAACCCAGGGCCUAAAGAAGCCCUCCCAAACAGAAAUUCAGCCGACAUUCCAAUUGAUCAACUCCAGUGGUUUUCCUAAGAAAGACACAACAGGUACAAUUGCCACGCCUGAAUCUCCAAAAUGCAUUGUUUUGAGAGAACUGCAGGCUGACCACCAACCAACAUUGAAAACCCAAUCUGCACCGAUUUGCUCAGCCCAAUCUGGCACGAUGGGCUUCGAAAGUAAUAACGGCAAAGGUAUGCAAGAUCAGCGUACAAUUCAAGGACGAGAUUCAACCGAUUGUAGACAGGAGAAGGGUGAGAUUCAGCACAAGAAACCAAAUUGCCCCACGAGUUUCUUUACCAAGAACCCUACCUCUCCGGAUUCUCAUAUCCCUGAUACUGUGGGUGUGUCAGGAGGCAUGCCACGUGCAGGGUUUAUCCCUUGGAUACUAGCUGUUAAUAAUGUGCUACAACAGACAGUCCAAACGAAACAGAAUGCUUCUGCAGCGCUGCAACCUUCUCACAGUCAGUUCCCAGAAAGGGUUUCUACCACCAAAGAUUUGCCAACUCCGGCCAUGAUGUCCGACUGUGCAGGGGCUGUACCAAACCUCUUUCCACACACCUGUUCCCUGUGCAACACAGAAUGUACUCAGUUUAAGGAUUGGCUCUCCCACAAGGACACUGGUCUUCACCUUCAGAACUGCAAACUCCUUAAACAGUCUAAGACUCAGUCCCGCUCUCCACUUCAAGAUUCUUCCUCUUCCUGUCUCUCAAGUACAAGCAGUCAGGAGAGACUAUAUCAGAAAAGGAGACGCACAGAUAGCUCUCCGAGGAGGAGGAGCUGUGCCAGUAGCUCUCCGACGAGGAGGAGGAGCUGUGCCAGUAGCUCUCCGAGUAGCUCUCCGACGACGGGGAGACGCCAGAGCAGGUCGCCGGCAAGGGGGAGACGCCGGGGCAGGUCGCUGGCAAGGGGGAGACGCCGGGGCAGGUCGCCGGCAAGGGGGAGAUGCCGGGGCAGGUCGCCGGCAAGGGGGAGACGCCGGGGCAGGUCGCCGGCAAGGGGGAGACGCCCGAGCAGAUCUACAAGUAGGAGUAGCACGAGUCGAUCGCCCACAAGGAGUCGCUGCACAAGCGGAUAUCCGACAAGGAACCACACGAGUCGAUCUCCAAAUUCAAUAACUCAUGAGAGAAAUGGUAACAAGAGACACAAGAGCGGUGCUGAGAACAGUUACAAGAGAUGGUCACCUAAAUACAGGAGCAAAGCAGGACUUGACUACAAAAUUUGCUCCUCACAAAGAAGGUCUCCACAAAGAUGGAGCCACGAGAGAACAUCUCGGCGAACAGCUAGCCAUGAUAGCAGUCAGGAGAAACCACCUCCAAAAAGGUGGCGCCACGAGAGGACAUCUCGGAGAACGGCUAGCCAUGACAGCAGUCAGGAGAGACCAUCUCCACAAAGGUGGAGCCAUGAGAGGACAUUUUGGGGAACAGUUAGCCAUGACAGCAGUCAGGAGAGACCAUCUUCACAAAUGGGGAGCCAUGAGAAGAUAUCUCGGCGAACGGCUAGUCAUGACAGCAGUCAGGAGAGACCAUCUCCACAAAGGUGGAGCCACGAAAGGCAGUCCCCACAAAGGAGAAUGGAUAAACUGUACCUAAAGAGAAAGGUUUACAAGAGAUUGUCACCUGAAACUACAAACACAGAGAGUAGGAGCAGUGGAAGCCAAUCUCUACAAACGAACGGCCAUGAACUUGAGUCUUUGAAAAGGGGAAGUCCUAAGCGGCGUUCUCCACUAAAGAAGAGCCACAAGAAGCAAUCUCUGCAGAGGAAGCACCACAAGAAAGAGAGUCCCAAAAAACAAUCUCCACAAAUGAGCAAACAUGACAAACGACUUUCCAAAGGGACCUCGCCCAGUAAACAGAAAAAAAUGAGCACGGCAGAGAAACUGGCUAAAAAACUGCUGACACCAGCUCUCAAGGCCCUUGCUCAGCAGCCUGACGUAGAUGCUGUGGUUGAAACGAUGACUCCUGCCUUGAUGUCAGAGCUAAUCAAAAUGACGGUCUUGUCCUCGUCCUCUUCUUCUCUCCCUGCAAAGAGAAAGAGAUCCUCUUCUAAAGUAAAGAAAAAGAAAUCAACCAAGUCAUCCACAAAACUAAAGUGGAACAGUAAGACGAGUUCCUCCUCGAAGAAGGUUGCUAAAUCCUCACAUCCAGCCCUGGUGAAGCUAAGGUGUGUUCCUGCUUCCCUCACUCAUGAGGAUUUGGUUGCAGCUGUACAGCCCUUUGCCAAAACCAAAUCAGUUCUGUUCUUCCAUUCCAAGCAAGAUGUUCAUCCAAGUUUACGAGUGGCGCAUGUGUAUUUCAACAGGAAAGCAGAUGCUCAGAAACUGAAGCGUAUCAAGAUUCUCACUAUUAAAGGAUAUCAGAUCCCCGUCAGCAAGAAGGCCAGUGUUUCCAAAGCAAGAAAGAAGCUUUCACAAAAGAGUGAUCCUGUCUCAAGUCCCUCCAAAUGGAAAAGCAAAAAAAUCAAACCCAGCAACAAUAAGAAGCCUGCCUUGGGGUUCAUGGCAUCAAAAUGCAGCAGAAGCAAGAAAUGUUCUGAACCCAAGUCUGUUACCAGUCAGAAAAAAGCUGCUAAAUCCCCAGUGAAAUCUCCAAAAUCCAUCAUUAAAGCAAAAGAUUUGGUGUGUAAAGCCAAAAUCAUCUUAAUGAGGAAGACCACCAAAAUUAAGACGGAGACUGAGGAGGAAGUGACGACCAUCUCUGUUGACCGCACACCAACUGCUCCUGAUUGUCCACACGAUGUUGAUGACCUUGAAGAAAAAACGAUGGCGAGUCCUGCACCUCGGAGUCCGGUGACAGCUGCGGACGGAGGCGCUGCGCCACCGACCAAUUCUGUGACUACAAAGUCAGAAAUGGAUGAUGCUACCGCCAUUAAAACCAACAACGCAGUCAGCGUGGACUCUUCUCCAUGUGAGGCGACACUCAUCGCAGCACCAAAGCAGUCGGAGGCGGAGUCCGCGUGUUGGUCCAAUGCAGCUAUUUUGAAGACAGAAGUGGUUCCAUUGGAUAACGUUACAGAGCUCGAGAGUCUGCGCGAGCGGCUGCUGAUUGUCGAGAUCUGCAACACGUCACUGGAUACGGUCAGAGUUGUCAAGGAAAUGGUGACAUCUAUCGCACCUGUCAUCAGGAUUCUGCCCCUCGCCAACAGGAUAUGCAUUGAGAUGGUCAGCUCCAGAGGUCUAACUAAGGUGUUGGACACCUACAGAGGUUACUCGCCUUCGGUUCGUGAGGACUGUGUAACCUGGACUACAAAUGUUGGACGUUUUGAGAGUGUGGACGAGUUACAUCAGCGUCUACAAAACUCCACUGACAUCCCCAUAAAUCUAAACACAUCCAAGGACGUUCUUGAAGCCUUACCAUCAUCUGUGAAGUUGCAAACUCUGCACAAAAACAAGGAGCUGCUUCUUCUGCAGGAACUGCUCAGUUUAGAAUGGACAGAACAGGAGCAAGUGACGGAGGAUCAGGAGAAGAAAACGUUCAAGGAGCUGUGCACAUUUGAGGAGCAGCAGAAUAUAGAGCAAGACCAGGAGCAGAGGUUGGAGGAGCAGGGGAUGUCGGAGCAGGACCAGGAGCAGUGGUUGGAGGGGCACCGGAUAUUGGAGCGGGACCAGGAGCAGCAGAUGUUGGAGCGGGAACAGGAGCAGCAGAUGUUGGAGCAGGCGCAAAAGCAGCAGACGUUCGUGCAGGAGCCACAACAGACAAAUAAAGAGGCAUCUCCUCCAGCGUCCUCCACUGUAGAACUUCCUGGUUCUCACAUUCCCACCAUCAGCACAUCUUUAGAUGCUAUGCGACGUCCAAAGCUAAGCUCUGUUGUGCAUCAGAAUUUAAUUCUUCCUUCAGCUGCACUGAAACCAGUUCAGGGCCCAGUGCACAUUGGCAAGAUGUUGCCACUUUCUAACCAUAAGCCCCAAGAAUGUUUUCCAACUCCGGUCAUGAUGUGCGACUAUGCCGCUGUCACCCCCAAGAACUUUCCACACAAAUGCUCCCUGUGUAACAUGUGGUGCACUAAUAUGAAGGUCUGGCUCCUUCACCAGAACUCCAGCUUUCAUCUUCAGAGCUGCAAAUCUCUCCGGAAACGAUACCCACUCUGGGGCGGAGAUGUAAAAUGCUUAACCAGUUUUGCAGGCAGUCAAGUUCACUCCAAGAAAUCGUACCAGAAAUCCAGGUCUCGAAGCCGAUCGCGUUCUCGCUUGCCAAGCCCCACCCACCACGUCUCGGGCAAUAUAAGGGAAAAUUGCAGCAGUCGUCACUCGUCUCCUUCAAGCAAGUGCGAGACACAAUCAUCCCAGAAGACGUCGCACAGCCGUGUAGCAACACUGGCUAAAAAGCUACUAAAAUCAUCAGCCGCACAGUCGCUUUCGUGCGACUCUAACCUUGAGGCCGUGGCUGAAACUUUGGCUCCGGUCUUAAUGACAGAGCUGGCCAAGUGGAAGCCCUCCUCCUCUUCUGUGCCCUCCUUGCCCACAGGUGGACCGUUGUCUGCAAAGAAGAAGAAGUUGGUAACAUCAUCUUCAAAGGCAAAGUCUAGCAAGAAAGUGGAAAAGGGGGAAGAAGUAGCUCUGUCAUCUGCCAUAAAAGCUUAGAAGACCAAACUGAGCCCUCAGAGUAUUGAAUGGGUUUGGGACAAAUUAACCAGUCUGUUAUUACUUUUCAUCAUUCAGUUAAUGAGUCAACAAAAUCCUCAGUUGUAGGAUGUCUUCAAAUAUAAUACAAAAUAAUAAGAAAAAAUUUGAUGGAUUUGACGUCACGGUUAAUUUUUUUUUUUUUUAGAACAUGCAAAAAAAAAAAAAAAACUCAGUGGGAGCUGCUUCUUUCAUAUUAUGCUUCAAACAUGAUCGUAUAUUCAGUCAUCUCACUUUUUAGUGUGUAUAUAUAAGUUGUAUAAACAAAGCGUAAGAGUUACAGCUGAAAAAGCCAAAAACAAUAAUAAGACCUGAAACACACUACAAGCGCUGCAUGUUGAGUUUCAGUGAGGUGGCUACACGUUCCACACUCCCUGUAUACAGGAGGCUUCCCAGAGGUGUGUUUUUCAUAGGGCAGCUAAAAUAGAUGUAAAACAAUCUGUAGACAAUAAUUUGGACAUAAUACUGACAUUAAACACAUUUUACUGAAGUUUCUCACUGAGGAAAUCACAGACAUGAAAAAUAUAAAUACAAUUUAAAAAAAAAAUUAUGGAAAAAGUCACUUGACUGCUGUUUUACGAGAAGUCACUUUUCAAAUGCCCCCAGUUAAACUCAGGUGGAGCUCUGCGACCCACAGGAUCCAGAUUAUGCUGGAUCAGCAAACCUAGCCCGGGAAAAAAACAACAAAAAAGACGUGCACAAGCUGAUUGUGUGCCGUAAAAAUCACUUCCAAAAAUGGUCACAGAAGAUGCACUGAGGAGAAGUCACAAUCAAAGACAAUGUGAAAAGAUUUAACAGCGAUGCACAUGAAACACUGGUGGUGAGUUCCAAGCGUAAACGACUGUAAUAUGCUGAAUGUUAAUUCUCUUGAAUGUAAAGUUCUGUUUGCUUUUCAGUUUUUCUUGUUUUGAUAUGCAAGUUGUAUUUCUUACCUGACAAAGCUGGGAAAAAAUGUGUAUCGCGUAAGUGUACAUGUAAAAGUGUAACUUAACUUUUUUUUUUAAAAUAUCUGUUAUGUGCAUAUUUUUGUGCCACCUUGGAAAAA